AUGUCUCGAUACGCUAAAGCUCACGUUAGUCCGGAGGGACCAGGCGACUCUCGACCAACAGCAUUGCAGGUGGUCGAAGAUGAAGGAAUGGAAGGAAAGCUUGAGGGCAGAGUGAUCGUCAUCACCGGAACCUCGUCCGGCCUUGGUAUUGAAACGGCGCGUGCUCUCUCCAUUACUGGAGCGACACUUUUCUUGACAGCUAGAAAUGUCAGAAAAGCCAAGGAUGCCUUGGCCGACAUCUCUGAGCCGGGCCGUACGGAGUUCAUCGAAAUGGAUCUAGAAUCCUUCGAAAGCGUACGUGCCGCUGCGACGGCGAUCCUCCAAAAAACCGACAAGGUCAAUAUUCUGAUCAACAACGCUGGAAUCAUGGCAGUGCCAGGUCUUGAAUUUACCAAAAAUGGCCACGAGUUGCAGUUUGGCACCAACCACCUCUCUCAUUUCCUCUUCUUCCAGCUGUUGAAGCCAGCGCUACUGGCCGCCACGACGCCUAAUUCCCAUUCUCGAGUUGUCAAUGUGUCCUCUGCCGCCCACCGUCUCAACGGCAUCAAUGCAACAGACAACUACAACUUCGAAAAGGGGGGGUACAACCCCUGGGUAUCCUACGCGCAAUCGAAAACCGCCAACAUAUACAUGGCCAAUGAGAUUGAGCGCCGCUAUGGAUCUCAAGGGGUACAUGCAACGAGUAUUCACCCUGGUGGAAUUGCAACUGGUCUUUCGAAGCACAUCCCCGAAGCAGAUCUUGCGGCAAUGUUAGAAGAUGAGGCUCUAGUCAAGAGCUUGAAGAGCCCGGAGCAGGGUGCUGCGACCACGGUGUGGGCUGCUAUUGGCAAGGAAUGGGAGAAUAAAGGGGGCAAGUAUCUCUCUAACUGUGCCGAGGCGAAACGUGGAGACGACGUUAGCGAUAUGACAAGUGCGGACUAUGCCAGUCACACCUACAACAGGGAGAGCGAAGGCAGACUUUGGGAGGACUCGGUGAAAAUUGUGGGAUUAACCGAUGAUCAGUAG